GGGCUGGCAGCUGGACUGUUGGCAGCAGGAGGAAGACCCACAGCAGACCGGCUCACAGCAGACAGCUCUGAGACCCCAGAAGACAAGCAGAUGAAGGCACUCAUGGCGUUCAGCCUCCUGUGUUCUGCAGACCCUUCCCAACCGUGGGGAAGUGGUCUUUGCGUCUUUGCGGUUAUGUGAGGACCAUCAUCCUACAGGAAGGCUCAUCGGGACUCCUGGAUCUUUCAGUCACACAGGAGGAACUCAGGAAGUGAUGAGGCAUGACAGAACCUAGACGAUGCCAGGAGAGGAGGCAGGAGCCAGCUGUGGCAGGAGCUGGAGCAGGUGCAUUAGUCACCAAGCUGAGGUCAAACAAAAACAGAAACACGGGCACAGCACAGCCAGCCUGGGAAAACAGAGGAAGCAAACCAGGAAGACAGCUGCAUUCUGGGUAGCUGGGACCUGGACUGGGUAUAAAAGCCGCCCUGGGAAGGAGCUCCAGACAUCCUCACCCUCCUCCAGACCAGCCAGCCCCACCACCAUGUGCAACACCAGCUGCUCCUCAGGCUGCCAGCCAGCCUGCUGUGUGCCUGUGAGCUGCAGGCCCGCCGUGUGCAUUCCUGUGAGAUGCCAAGUGGCCUGCUGUGUGCCUGCAAGCUGCAGGCCCACUGUGUGCGUGGCCCCCUCCUGCCAGUCCUCUGUGUGUGUACCCGUGAGCUUCAGGCCCUCCUGCCAGUCCUCUGUGUGUGUGCCCGUGAGCUGCAGGCCCACUGUGUGCGUGGCCCCCUCCUGCCAGUCAUCGGGAUGCUGCCAGCCGUCCCGCCCCACCCUGGUCUGCAGACCUGUCACCUGCAGCACCUCCUCCUGCUGCUGACCAGCGUCUGCAAACCAGAUCUGCAGAUGGAUGCUCUUGUCCUGUCCAACCCUGUUCUUCUUGACCUUGGGUUCAGCAUGAGGCAGGUGGGAAGCAUGCCCAGCCCUCCCUAGAGCUGGGAAGAGAACACGAGAGAGAAUGAUCCGGAUCCCCUGUCCUGCCUAUCUCCUAAGGAUGUCCUGGCUCCAGGGUCCUUCUCUAACC